CUUCAUGGCUGAGGCUAUGUUGGAACUUACUUGUCCCUCUGCUGGGCCCCAGCUUGCUCUCAGAGCUCUGGGAUUGGAGGAUUCAGGAAGGAGGCGGGGAGUGCAGGGUUAGCGUACGCUUAAUUACAACCAGGACCCACCCUGUGCACACCAGAGGCUCUCAGAAGCUGAAGGCUAUCCUGGCAGAGACCUGUCUGCUGAGUACACAGCACCAUGCCCAUGACACUGGGUUACUGGGACAUCCGAGGGCUCACUAACCCCAUCCGCCUGCUCCUGGAAUACACAGACUCAAGCUAUGAGGAGAAGAGAUACACCAUGGGGGACGCUCCUGACUACGACAGAAGCCAGUGGUUGGAUGAGAAGUUCAAGCUGGGCCUGGACUUUCCCAAUCUACCCUACUUGAUUGACGGGGCUCAUAGGAUCACCCAGAGCAACGCCAUCCUGCGCUACAUUGCCCGCAAGCACAACCUGUGUGGGGAGACAGAAGAGGAGAAGAUUCGUGUGGACAUGUUGGAGAACCAGGCUAUGGACACUCGUAUGCAACUUGCCAUGGUCUGCUACAGCCCUGACUUUGAGAAAAAGAAGCCUGAGUUCUUGGAGACCCUGCCUGAGAAGAUGAAGCUGUACUCACAGUUCCUGGGGAAGCGGCCAUGGUUUGCAGGGGACAAGAUCACCUUUGUGGAUUUCAUCACUUAUGAUGUCCUUGACCAGCACCGUGUAUUUGAACCCAACUGCCUGGAGGCGUUCCCAAACCUGAAGGACUUCAUGUCCCGCUUUGAGGGACUGAAGAAGAUCUCUACCUACAUGAAGUCCAGCCGAUUCCUUCCGGGCCCUCUGUACUUAAAAAUGGCCCUGUGGGGCAAUAAGUAGGGCCCUUUAAUUUGAAGACAUGGAGGUGGGAUCCAUCUUUGCAUCUGCUGGCCCUGGUGUUCCUGGUACCCCACCACCAGUCUUCUCCUUCCCUUCCCAAUCUCCUUUCCUCUGCAAGCCCUUGUUAGAUCCCUUUCUUCUGCUCAACCCCUCCCCCAGUAAAUCCACUGUAAGCCACAGCUCCCCCUUUUCUUCAGGAAAAUCCCUUCUCCUCUUCCUCAUCCCUGCCCUGAAUCCAACCAGAUAGUCCUCAGCUCUGCUUGGAGGAGCAUGACUGACCCCAUGCUCCCUGCACUGCCCCAAACCCCAGUGUUACUGGUGUGCUGGCUCUGGUCCCCCCCAGCCCUUUCUGACCCCAAUAAAGCCUGGAACCACU